UUCGGAAUUUGGUCGGAAAAUUUUGUCGCGUUUGUGUGGUUUCUUUUACUUUGGAAAUGGGGAUAGUUUUUGGAGGUUAAUCGUUAAAGCGGGGGAACGUGUGGGCUCUCGCAAAUGGCCAUCCGUGGGACGAUUUUAAUGGGGCGAAACCGUGGCACCGUGUGAAAAGUGAAAAGCGAGACAAAGUUGUUCGGAUUGAUGGUGAAAUGUUGAGAGGAGAAAAAACGGUGAAUGGAAAGCUAAAAGGCGAAUUGAUGUGACCGAAAAUUAGGUCCUUUUUGAUUUUGCACUCCCUCUGAUGAGAAAGGAAAAGAAGAAGUAAAAUAAGCGAUAGUGGGUUAAAAAUAUUUUUCCUCUGUGAACCUCCCCCACCGAUCGUCCCAGAAGUGAGUGUUGAUGGACGAAGAUGAAGACGAAGAAAAAGAAGAAUGCUGAGUGAAUGGCGGAAAAACCGAUCAAGAAGAGUGGCAAUGGAAGAGAUCGAAUGCGUGUGUGAGAGCCUCCUCCCUUCUAGUAUAAUCGUUACCCCUCCCCCGCUUCCACACACACACACAACAGCAGAAGCAAAUCUCGUUCCCACCCUGGCCUCCCACGUAUGAUGGAAAAUCGUAAUGGCCGCGAUCGGAACAACAACAACGUAGCGGUCCUCCCGAACGGUGUAAUUCUGCGGAAGCUAAAGACCAAACAUUCGUCCGAGUGUCUUCUGUGCUGGAAAGAAGCCCGCAUCCCGAAGUGUCUGUGUCCGAGCUGCUCCAAGCAGUACUGCUUUCAGUGUAUCAAGAAGUGGCUAACCGAUGCUAAAACCAAGUCCAGUGAAUGUCCAAACUGUAAGUGUAAGCUUCCGAUCGAAGAACUGGUUUGCUGUGCGGGGGUUUUAAGUGAUACUGAUGCAUCGAAGAUUGUAGGCGAGAUUGGCAAUGGUGAUGUGAAGCAAGAGCAACGGCGACCGAAGAACGGUGUAGAGUCCGGAUCGAUAAAGCUAGUGGUCAAAGUGAUAGAGAAUGAAGGUUUUGGGUUGACGAACGGGAAUGCUGCUGUGGCCGAACCGAUGGUUAAUGGUUCAGCUCCGGCUAAAAUGCUCACCGUCAAUGGGCGUCAGCAAGGGAAGAAAUCGAAGGAAGCGAGCAGGAAACAGCAGCAGCAAGUGAACCACUGCGAAACGAAUGGUAAAGUGAACGAAGCAGUGAAGAAAGAAGCCGGGAAAGUCUGUAAUGGGUUAGUGCACAAGGAGAAUGGUCGGGAUGGGCAAGUGAAUGGGGUUGUCGAGAGUGGUGAUACGUCUAGUAAAAAUGGUAAUGCACCGCCUAGGAAGAAUGGUUACAAGAAAUCGCCUCAGCCGAAUUCAGCCGCACAGUCUGUACCCGAAACGAUAGUCCAGAACAAUGUGUCACUGCAGGAAAAAAUCGAUGAAAACGGUCAUACGAAUCAGUCGGAGCAGAAUGGAGAACAGGACAGCGAUCGACCACCGUGUUCGCUGCACUCACUGCCACUUAUAUUCUUCUGUUUGUCCUGUAAUCUCUGCAUCUGUGAAACGUGUGCCCUACACGAUGAGACCCAUGCGGAGCACACCUUCAAAAAGGUAACGACUAUUUACGAAACGAAGCUAGAAGCGGUCAAGCAGGAAUUCGCCGUUGUAACGACCUACUUGGAUGAGACCAAGAAGGUGAUAGAGAAUGUCGAGCGAAACAUAGAUUUGAUCAAAGCGUCCAAGGCCCGCAAGCUUCAAGAGCUGAGUCGGCUGCUGCACUCGGAAGCGGAGUGCAUCGAACGACAGAUCAACCGAAAGCUGUCAGUGCUACAAGAUCAAAAGGAUUCCGUAGCAAACGAAGUUUACCGAGUGCGCUCGGCCUACAAGAAGCUAGAAAAGGAACUGAACGCAUGUCCAAAACAGGAUCUUCUGGUUAGAGAUUGCGAGUUCGUGAAGAGAUGUAGCCAACUGAUUGAAAAACCCGUCGAAAGCUUCGUCUACCAACCGGUGGCAGCUGACUUGGAAUGUGAUUUCAUUCCGGAGUUUCGAUCGGAAAUCUUCACCGUGAAAGAUUACCAGGCGAUCGAGCCGAUCGAAGAAUGCCGUACAUCCGACGUGCUGUACGACGUAGUAGGCUUCGGCUGGCGAUUGCACGCGUGGAAGAGUGACCACCUGUCGGUUACUUUGAUGAUGACGGAAGGCGUCAGUGGAAGAUACGAGUACUGCAUCGAGCUGCUGCACGAGGCGGAUCCGUCCAGAUCGAUCAAGCUGGUCCACAUCGAUCAGUUUGAGCUGCACCGAUCCGGACCGGUGCACGAUUUGAUCCAGAACGAACGACUGGUGGAGGAAGGGUUCCUCAGUGACCGUAAUGAUUCGCUUCAGAUAAAGUUUUCCGUGCGACCUCCGACCAUUGUGGCCAAAAGCCGCUACCAACAGGAAUACAUCGACCAAUCCCGGAAGGACAACAUCAAUGAAUACGACAGCAACAUCAUCACCAUCUGCAAUAUCCGAGAUCCAACGACCUCGAUCGUGCUAUCCAAACAGUACACCGAUACGGUCGGAUCCCGAUGGCGGCUGAACGUAUACCCUAAAGGCAACAACACCAACUACCGAUAUCUCAGCACGUAUGUGGAGCUAUGCGAUGGAGUCGCAGGAAGAUACCAAUACAUCGUGGAACUGUUACACAAGGACGCUGACCGGCAGGUGAAGUUCCAGUCGGAGGAUCACUUCCGAGUGGGGGAAAUACGGGGCUACCAGAAGUUCAUCCGGGUGAAACGUGUCCUGGAGGAGGGCUACUUGAACGAUGAUGGUUCGAUCAGCAUUCGGCUGUCGAUACGGCCGGCGACGCUGGCCCUGCGAUGUCAGUACCAGGAGGAAUACCAAACGCUCAAGGAGGAGAAGAUUCUGUUCCAGUUCAACAGCCAGUUGAGUCAACACCUAACGAAGAUCCGGACGCUACGGGAGGAGAACAGUGGCCUGCAGAGUAUAGCCUACCCGGAGUAUAAUUCGAACAUUUUUGUGAUGCGCAACUUCAGCAGUUUACGGCAGAACAACGAAGACAUUUGCUCCGACAACAGCUACGACGAUCUGGGAUGCUGCUGGAGGUUGAUCGUGUUCCCGAAUGGAGACAAGGAAGGACAGGGCGAGUGGUUGAGUGUAUAUCUGAGGUUACUGGAAGGAAUUCCCGGAAGCUACGAGUAUUGCGUAGAACUACUACACAAUGAUCCAAUCAAGACUGUUAAAAUGGAGGGAACGCAGUCGUUCGAGAUUCAGGAACGAUUCGGAUGGACGAAUUUUGCCCGGCUGGACAUGGUCUGCGCCAGUGGGUUCAUCAACGAGGAACAUGACUCGCUGUACUUUCGGUUCUCGCUAAGGCCGCCAAACUACAAAGCGAAAUGCGAAUACCAACAGCUGCUGCGGGUAGACGCAAAACGCGAGAACGAGAUGCUCAAACGGGAGCUGAUUCCGGCCUACAGCACAAUCACGUACACUCUGAGAAACUUCUCCGAGAUGCAGCAAAAGGAAGGGUUCGUCUAUUCCGAUCCACUGGUGGAUGAUCUUGGUUUCACGUGGCGACUGUUGAUCUACGCUAACGGACAUAACGAAGGACGAGGGUGCCAUCUGAGCGUGUUCCUGAUACUCUUCGAAGGUGUAACUGGAAGUCGAUUCGAGUACCGCGUGGAACUGCUCCACCGCAACCCGGUGGCCAACAUCAAGAUGGAGGGUGUCAACGUGUUCAAGCUGAAGAAAAUCUGGGGCUGGCCGCAGUACAUCCACCACGAUCGGCUUCGGGACGAAGGUUACCUCAACGAGGACGACACGCUCGAGUUUCGCCUGUCGAUCUGUCCACCGGACAUCAAACUGAAGUGCGAAUACCAGCAGGAGUUCAUUAGGAAGCUUAAGGAAAGCCAAAAGUAGGUUAAUAAGACGUGUGCGCGGAUUGGCGGCGAUGCGUGUAAGAGAAGAAGAAUGCUUUUAUAAAUGGGCGAGAUUGUGCAAGUGAAGUCGAGUGACAUGGACAGGGAUCGGUGGAACAACGCUAGAAGAGGUGAACAACAAGGAGGAAACUAAGCGGGUCGCGUAUACGAACGAGAGAAGGAAGGUUUUGACGUGGCCAACGCACACCACACACAAGAAAAGCGGGGCAAAGAGAUGUUAAUAAAUUUGCGACCAGGAGCAAUGCCAGGAGGAGGUGGAGGAGGAGGAGGCAGUUCAGGAGGCAUCACUGAGGAAGCUUAUUUUUAGAGCGCAGAAAUGAAAGAAAUUAAUAAACGGUUUUGAAAUGGGCUGAAUGGGAGGUGUCAACGCGCGCAGUAGGCGAAAAGGUGUAAAGACGACGCUAAGGCAACGCAACGCCACCGCCACCCUCGAUCCCUGGUCUUUGUUGACGUACAAUUUUUUUUUUCAACUCUGCUUAAUUUUUACCUACAUCUUAAUGUCAUCCGGUCGUUCGUCUACCGAUCUCUGCAGAUGCCAGCGAAAACGAAUCAUAUUUUCUAUUUAUUUACACACACCUCAUUUUCCGUUUUUAAUCUACUCGUUAAAUUAUUAAACUCUUACGCAAGUGUUCAGUAGCUUCUACCAAGGUAGGCCGGGAUGGAUGAUUUACAACAGCGACCAUGAUUUCUUCCUUCGCUUUCCACCUUGACGGGCAAAUUAAGGAAACAUAUUGCAGUGGAAAUACCAUGCGUAUUCAAAAUCCAUUAACAGUUCAUUACGGUGUUUAUUGAUUUUAUAGUUUUUGUCUUGUCAAAGUCUACAACACACAUUUUUUAAACUUUUAAGUAAAUCAUUUUCAGUGCCAUUUUAGUUCUAUUGUGCAGGAUUUUCCAUUUCACGACUUCAAUAACACCCAUUCUGAAAAUACGACAAUUGAAUGAUUUUUGAAUCUGUAAACUAUCAACUGUUAUGAAUUUUCAGUACAGCACGAUAUUUCUGAUCAGAACGCAAUACCUAAAGGCCCCAAAUAACGGAAGAAAUUAAGUAUCGAUUGAAUGCAUGCGACCAGAAGCGAGAAUCGGGUGCGAGGAAUAUUUUUUUUAUAAUUUUAGAAUAUAUGAAAAAUCUAAGAAAAAGUUUUGUGAACAGGCAAAAAACGAUGGUCUUUUGCGUAAAUCUUUUCAACUGAUCAGAAAGUGAUUUUUUUAUUUGCAACGAAAGGUUAUGGCAGGUCAGAAAUUGUUUACUCAAAUUGAAGCAGGAAUAACGAAAUAGGGACGAAAUGGAAUCCUAUUAGGCUUUAGUGGUAACGUUUUUUGUUUGGGGUAGCUAAUUUUUAUGAUUUAUUUUAAUUUCUAUCAUUUAUACAGUAAGAAUAAAAUGGAAAUGUUGUGGCACUAUUUGUCAAAUCUGCCAUGAUUAAAGUCAUACAAGAGUUCGAAAUGUAUAUUUUUCGUGCAGCUGAGGAAGAUCAUACCAGGAACUUAUGAAGCGUCGUAAGUAAGCGAAGCAUGUCAAAGUAAAUGAGUCCUUUGUAUUCGAACCGACUGUGGCCACGACAGUGAAAAUUUUGGUGAACGAAAGAAAUUCCUACGUGAAAUAAAGAGUGAUUUUAAAACAAAAGAA